AUGUAUUUGGUAUCGCUCGUAAAGGAGCUUUCACAGAGCCAUUUGGUGGACUUCAAGGUGGUAUCGCUCUGUUUUUGCUGGUACGCCAUUUCCAGCUUGACCUCGCAACUCACCAAGCAAAUCCUGGAGCAGUUUGACUUCCCUGUGUUUGUUGGCGAGUUCCAGUUUCUGUGCAGUCUUGUGCUCGGCUAUACAGCCAUAGUUCUCAGCGACCGGUUCCCCAUUUUGCGCGAACAGCUCCCGGGAAGCUCGGUAGCAACCACCCGUUUUGUGUUCAAUCGACGCCUGCUGAAACUCUAUUUCCCCAUGGGCACGUUCCAAUUUAUUGCCAAGCUGUUCAGCCUGGCAGCCACCGCCAUCUGUCCCAUCGCCACCGUGGCGUCCAUCCGUGCUCUGGGACCGCUUUUCAUCGUGUUCAGCUACCGCUUGUACUAUAAAGUGCGCUUCCCUUCCACAACCUACCUGUCCCUGGUACCGCUGCUCGUUGGCGUGGUGAUCAUCGUUGUUUCCCAGUCGGGAGAUAAGGAAACAACGAGACGCACUAUCUCUGACCCGCAGCUCAGCAGCCAGGGCCAACGCGAACAGGAUCUUGUGCGAAGAAUGCUAUCAGAAAACUCGGACUACCUCAAGGGAAUUGCCUACUCGUUCACAGCCACUAUCAUCUUUGCCGGCCAGUCCAUCUACGCCAAAAACGUUGUCACUAACGCGCCAAUAAAAGAUCCGGGGUCCCUUGCUCUGAGCAAAGAGUACUCGCACCAUGAUAUAGAAAAAUACCCAUCGUCUCCUCCGCCAACAACAGAUUCCAAAAAACCAACUGACUACGACCUGCUGCUCGAUAAACCCGACAAGCUCACCACACUGAUAUACUGCGCAACCUACGGAAUGAUGUACUCGAUCCCGGCAUUCAUGACGUACGAGUUUAAAGAGCUGUUCUUUGGCUUCACCAUCGUCUCUGAAACCGUGGCCGAGCCCAACCUGCACCUGGUCCCCUGGACUUUGCUGGUGCUCAACGGGAUCAGUCAUUUCAGCCAGUCGCUCAUUGCGUUCCAUAUUCUUGCAAUUCUGCCCACAGUGACCUACUCCAUCGCAGCCAUGAUGAAACGGAUAGUCAUCAUCACCAUCAGCAUGAUAAUGAUCCGCAAGUCGCUCUCGUUCCUGGAGGUUCUGGGCCUGCUCCAUGUGGCAGUCGGCCUGUAUUGCUACGACCGGUGGGGUUCCAAACGUUAA